AUGCCAGUUGACAAGAUCCGCGUUGUGGGAGACCCGCGCAUUGAGUACAAGACUGCCACUGUCAAUGGCCAUAAGUACAGCUAUCUUCUCAGCCAGCCUCAAUCUGGCAAAUACCGAGACACCAUUUUUUUGAUUCAUGGCUUUCCCGAUAUCUCCAUGGGAUGGCGCUACCAGAUCCCGAUGCUCGUGAACCUGGGGAUGAGGGUAGUAGCCCCCGACUGCCUGGGAUAUGGUCGUACAGAUGCGCCGGAUGAUUUCGUGUACUACUCACACAAACGCUGCGCAGACGAUAUUAAAGCGCUGGCCUCGCAUCUUGGGGAAUCGAAGAUCAUCCUGGGCGGCCAUGACUGGGGCGCGGCUCUUGCAUACCGCAUCGCAUUGUGGCAUCCGGAUUUGAUCAGCCACCUGUUCACCGUCUGCGUGCCUUAUGCUAGACCACUUGAAAAGGACAUUUCGCUCGAAGAAAUGGUCAAUACCGUGGCACCGCAUUUUGCGUAUCAGUUGCAGUUUGCCAGUGGGGACUUGGAAAAAGUUUUCAGAUCUAAGGAGGAGAUCAAGCAAUUCUUGGCUGCGCUUUACGGUGGGCGUACUGAGAAGGGUGAGUUUGGAUUCGAUGCCGAGAAGGGUGUUCUAUUGGACAAGGUCAUGGGUCUGAAGCCUUCUCGGCUACUGAGCGAGGAGGAAUUGGAUUUCUAUGCGGCCGAAUUCGCGAGGAACGGUAUUCAUGGACCACUCAACUGGUACCGUACCCGAAAGGUCAACUACGCGGAGGAACUGGAUAUCCUUGGUCGCCGCAUUGACAUCCCGGUGCUCUUCAUCCAGGCUCUGCGGGAUCAAGCUCUCCCACCGCACCUUGGAAAAUCAAUGGGCAAGCAUAUUCCCAACCUGACCCUGAAGCAGGUCAACACUGCGCAUUGGGCGUUGUGGGAGAAGCCACAGGAGGUGAAUGAGAUCAUUGAAGAGUGGUUGAAGGAUGUUGCGCUUACUGGAGGGCGAUCCGAGAAGCUCUAA